AGCACGGACCACGUUUGGACACAGAGUUCUUUUUAUAUGAAUACUGGGAAAAUAUAGUUCAACUUUAAAUUCGGAGCGCGUAAAAUGAGCGUUGCGCGGGAUUUGAGAGUAAUGCAUUUGUGCGGAAUCCAGAUUUCAGUGAAAAAAACUGAUUACCUACAGCACUAGAGACAGUCUGAAAAAUCUUCCAGAGUCCUACCCAUCAUGGAUCAGAUUGGGAUUUUGGAUUUACAUCGGCGCAAUAAAUGCAAAACGCGUGGACGCAGUGCUGCGAUUAACGGAGUUUACAUCUUUGAGUAACUUCUAGUACAGGACGAUCAGGAUGAAAAGAUGGCGACCAUGCUCUUACCAGCGGGUCCUGAUGGCUUGCGACCGUACACUCGAGAGUCUCUGGCGGCCAUCGAGCAGAGGAUCAGCGAAGAGCGGACCAAGAACACGAAGGAUAACAAGGCGGACCCGGGGAACACGGAGAAACCCAAACCCCGCGCCGACCUGGAGGCCGGGAAGGUGCUGCCUCGUAUCUUUGGUGACAUCCCCGCAGGACUGGUCGGAGUCCCGCUGGAGGACAUCGACCCUUUCUACUUCAAAAAUCAGAGGACCUUUAUAGUACUAAACAAGGGAAAAGCCAUCUUCCGCUUCAGUGCCACAUCUGCACUCUACAUAUUCAGUCCGUUUCACUGCAUCAGAAGAAUCGCCAUAAGAAUCCUAGUCCAUUCUUUGUUUAGCUUGUUCAUCAUGUGCACAAUUUUGACAAACUGCUCCUUCAUGGCUAUGUCGGAUCCUCCGCUGUGGACCAAAUACCUUGAGUAUACAUUCACUGGCAUUUACACAUUUGAGUCCGUAAUAAAGAUCUUGGCCAGAGGGUUUUGCGUAGAACCCUUCACCUUCCUCCGAGACCCGUGGAACUGGCUGGAUUUCAGUGUCAUCGUCAUGGCGUGAGUUUGAUAUUUGGUUUUAUAUACCCUAUAAAGCCUACUGUAUCAUAUUUGAUAUGUAAAUUUCUAAAACCU